UUCUCCCAAAUCACUCUCUGGCAACGCGAUCAUAGCUCCACCACCCCCAAAAAAGAAACAGGCUAAAACAAACCACCCCUGGCUCUAUCCCUCUCAAAACCAAACCACACCAAAACCAACAGAUCUAGAAAUCGCAGGCUCUCUCUUCCCCCAACAGAAAAAAAUUCAUCAGAAUCAAUGGCGGCAGCUCCAUCCGCACGCGAAGAGAACGUCUACAUGGCGAAACUAGCCGAGCAAGCCGAGCGCUACGAAGAGAUGGUGGAGUUCAUGGAGAAGGUCUCGGCCGCCGUGGAUUCCGAGGAACUCACUGUCGAGGAACGGAACCUCCUCUCCGUCGCCUACAAGAACGUGAUCGGUGCUCGUCGAGCCUCCUGGCGCAUUAUUUCAUCCAUCGAGCAGAAGGAGGAGAGCCGCGGCAACGAGGACCACGUUGCCAUGAUCCGCGACUACAGAUCUAAGAUCGAGUCCGAGCUCUCCUCGAUCUGCGAUGGUAUUCUCAAGCUUCUUGAUUCCCGGCUGAUUCCCUCGGCUUCCUCCGGAGACUCCAAGGUCUUUUAUCUGAAGAUGAAGGGCGAUUAUCAUCGCUAUCUGGCCGAGUUUAAAACUGGAGCCGAGCGCAAGGAGGCGGCUGAGAGUACCCUCACUGCCUAUAAAUCUGCUCAGGAUAUUGCAAACGCAGAACUGGCUCCAACUCAUCCAAUCCGGCUCGGACUGGCUCUCAACUUCUCUGUGUUUUACUACGAGAUUCUGAAUUCUCCCGAUCGAGCUUGUAACCUUGCGAAACAGGCAUUUGAUGAAGCCAUUGCUGAAUUGGAUACCUUGGGUGAGGAGUCAUACAAGGAUAGCACUUUGAUAAUGCAACUUCUUCGUGACAAUCUCACUCUGUGGACCUCAGAUAUGCAGGAUGAUGGGGCAGAUGAGAUUAAAGAAGCACCAAAGCGUGAUGAUGAACAGCAGUGAGGGUUCUCAUCCUCCAACUUGUGCUGAACUUCUCCUUUAUUUGUUUUUUUAUAGGAGAAGGUGCUUGUUCCUAAUUUCCUUGCCAUUCUCAGUUUCUAGGCAUUCUUGUUUUUAUUGCUGAAUCUUGGAGGUACCUGGUUUUUUAGAUUGUCAACUUCAAUUCUAU